AUGAAGGGAACAGAAACAGAGCCUCUGUUUUCAUGUAUUGUUGCAUUCUGUGUCUUGAUUCUUAUCUUUUUGCCGCGGUUUUUCUUCGCGAUUGUUUUCUCACCGGUUUUGAUUAUCACCGGGGCUAUCUUGAUCAGUCUUCUUCGCUUUGGUGCGAUUCAGAGAUCGAAGAAUGAAGAAGAAAAAUUGAGAAAAACAGAGUCUGUUGCAAAACAGGGGAAGAAAACAGAGGAAGAUGUGAAAAUCGAUUCUUUUGAUGAAAGUGGAAGAUGGGUAUUGAGGAAUUCGGAAGAGAAUUCGAAAUUUGAGAUGGGUUUUGAAUCAAGUUCGUUUCUUGAUGAUUCUUUCGUCGAAUGGAACGUGAAAGCGCCAUUGGAGGUUAUAUAUGAAGGUGAAGAAACAGAGGAGGGUUCAGUUGGUGGAGGAUUGAGGAACCCUUCUUGGUCGUUUUACUAUCCGGAGUCUGAUUCGGAUAGUUCAUCGUCGGAGAAGGAUUUUCCGGCGAUGGGGAACUGGGACUCACCGGAGGAGAUGGGGUUUAUGUGGGAUGAGGAAGAAGAUACAGAAGGGUUGAUUGAGAUAUCACUUGAUGGGUGGAAGAAGAAACUCAAGAAAGAGAUGGAAUUUGGGUUUGAGGAAGAGAAUAUGAUUGAGAUUGAUCUUUCUCCGACGAAAUUGAAGGGAGUUUUCCGGUGA